UAAUGAUAAUUGAUAAUUACAUUAGUGAAAGUAGCAAAAUUAAGUAUUGUAAAUAUCCAAAUUACAGUAAUAACUGCCAUGUCUUGGCUCAUAGACCUAGCUGGUAAAGCAGAACAUUAUCUGGAAAAAAUCGAUCAGAACACAGCUGUAGUCUUACAAAACCAAAAAGAGAAACCAUCAAAAGAUGUUUUUAAAACGCCAGAAGUGUCAGAAAAUGUAUCAAUAGAUAUCGAAAGUAAACCUAUAACAUCAGUACCCAGUUCCCCGGCAACCAAGUCAUUACUGAAAAAACCGAAAAAUGAUGCUCGCAUAUCAGAUGAACAUUUACUCCAAUAUUUAAAUAGCCAGGAUUCUGCUAUAAAAUCUCAAUAUGAAGGUCAUUCCACUUCUAUGGAUAAUUCAAUUGAUUCAAUAUCCAUACCGUUGACAGAAGAAAACCAUAUGCUUAAAAAUGAAAUAAGAACAUUAAAUAAUGAGAUGUCAUUGUUACAAUAUAAAUUGAAAACAGCAGAUAAAGAUAUUAGCCAAAUUGCAAUAGAACUUGAAGUAAAUAAAAGGCAUUCAGCUAAUUUAGAAAAGGAAUUGCAAGAAGCUCAAGUUCAAUUACGAAAUGCUCAGGAUGUUAUGUUCCGUUUAAAAGAAAAAUCGAAAAAAACAGAUCCUGUUUCUGUAGAUCACAAUUUAAUUUCUGAUAGUAAUCAAAUGCAUGAAAAUCAAAUGCUGCAGAAAGAAAUAGCUUCAUUGCUCAAAAAAAUUGAGGUAGAUGAAUUAAAAAAAACUGAUUUAGCUGCAGAAAAAUUAAACUUGGAAAUGGCACUCAAUAAUAUUCAGUUCGAGAAUAAAAACUCAGUGAAGAGAGAACAGUUUUUAAACUUAUCCACUGAAUGUAAUACAAUAACUUCUCUUACCAAAACAAAUUUAAAUAAUAUUGUCCAAAAACUAAAAGAUUGUUUGAAUGAAUUAGAAACAGUUAAUGUAUCAGCAAUCACUGACCAAGGGUCUCCAAGUUACUCAGAAUUGGAAUACUCAAACAUAUUAACCAAAUUAAAUGUCAUGAAAAGCAAUUUACUUUCUAUUGAUUGUGGAUUACAGAAGUCUCUACACGAUCUUAGUAGUUUUAAAGAGAGACUUGCAAAUUUAGAUUCAGAGCCUCUUCCAGAAAAUACUUGUAAUAAUCACUCAGAUAUAAAAGAAGCAAUGAACGAACAAUUGUUAUCACUUAAAAAAAUGGUAGCAUUUAAGCAAGCUGAAUUAGAACAAGUUUUAGCUGAAAAACAUUCAAUGGCAAUUAGAAUUGAAAGCUUAGAGACAAGAUUAAAGAAAGAAACUAAUAUAUCAAUCAAUGUUAAUGAUACAGAUGAUGCAAAAGCUAAAGUACCUCAUUUUAUGUUGGAAAAUGCGUUUGAUACUAGUGUAGCUAGAAGAGUAAAACGUGCUUAUACUAGCUUAGAUUCAUUUGGUUUACGUACAGGAAUGUAUUUACGGAGAUAUCCAUUGUUAAGAACUAUAUUAUUUUUAUAUGUGGUGUUUCUUCAUUUGUGGGUAAUGUUGAUACUAUUUUCAUAUACUCCAGAGACGAAUUAAAUUUCUAAUCCUUAUUUUAACUGAGCAUCUGUACAUUUAACAAAUCAAAUAUAAAUGUAUUAAUUAUUAAUAUAUUUUUACUAUUUCAAAUAUAUAUAUAUAUAUAUUAUUUUUUGUAAGGUCAUUUACCAAAAGUUUUACAGGAACAGUUUUUUAUUAAAUAAUAUAUUUUAUUUA